UCUCGUCUAUGAGCCAUUCGGUUUGAAGUCUGAUUCACAAAUUGGUUCGAAGAAACUGGUUGAAAUAUCUCACAUCGUAUCACCGACGGAAAUCUACGUGAGAGAUGAAAAAGGCGCAAAACGUAUUACGGAAAUUCGACAAGAAAUAAAUUCUUAUGUACGUUCGGUUAGAGGCCGUGUCAAUAUAAAUUGGUCGCUUGGAGAUAAUUGCUUGGUUAUUCAGCAGAAUCCAUUGGUAACGAGCAAGAUGAUGCUAUGGUAUCGUGGACGGAUACUAGCGCAAAGUGAAUAUUCAUAUGAAGUGUUUAUUUGCGACUAUGGGUACAAAGUCCAAGCAAGAGCAUGUGAUUUGAUGCCGAUUACAGAUAACUUAGCAAAUCACGAAGAUUCAGUGACAUUCUGCAGCGUGGAUAUUCCCAGCAUUGCAUCAAUCGAUCUAGAAGAAACUGUAACGUUACUGCGUGAAUUGUUCAGAAGUUAUACAAAAUUAGCAGCUAGCUAUAGCGAGCACAUGGCUAUUAUAACACUGUGGGGAAGUAAUGCACCCGGUGAAAUUGGAUGGGACCACGAUUGGGACGAUUUGAACUUGAAACUCAUGAGUCGCUUAAUGAUGAAAUCGAUACAAUACUACAUUGACAGAACACAAUACCAAUACAGAACCAAUAAAUUUAGAAAUGAUGAUGGUCGUGAUGAUAGUUUCGAUGAACGUCAAAUGUUGGAAAAAUGUGCGCUCAGUGAAAUUGGUGACGAAGCAUCUGCGAUUCCCCCGACAAACGAACCGUGCUCAACAAAUAUUGCUAAAUGGGACCUCCCAAGUCGCAUUGAUCGAGCUACGAUUUCUGGAAUUGUAACACACAUUCACGAAACUGGAACCAUUUUCGUGCAAAUUGAAAAGGACCAUGAGAUCGCAAAUUCCUUGGAAAUAUCUAUUACAAACUAUCUUGCCGGAAAGCCACAAUGCGAAAUGGGUCACGUAUGGCGAAAAUCCAACACCUGCUUUGCGAAGCAUGGCGAAUACUUUCGUCGGGGUAUUAUCAAGUCAAUUGAUCGAGAAAACGGGACGUGCCAGAUAAUGUUCGUCGACUAUGGUGAUAAAGUUGUGACACGAUUGAAUAAUUUGUAUGCGGCGGCCGAUAUUUUGGGAUUUGCUCACCGCAUGAAACAUACUCUACUUUUAAUACUUUUAAUAAACAGUCUGCUACUUACUACUCAAAAAAUCAACUUGCUACUUGCUCGAAGCAGAGUUUUUGCUUGCUUGCUUCCACCUCCGUAUUGA